AAAUUCUUCAAGAAACCUACUUAUUCUUACAAGCAACUGCUUCUAUUACCCCCGCUUGCAUCUUUAUCAUCUUAUCUACCUCCAAUGUCCCAUAAACUAUGCAUGAUUCCUGGUCCUGUGGAGUUUGAUCCUCAUGUGCUGGAUGCCAUGGCCACUCCUGCUACCUCUCAUGUGGAUCCUGCCUUUAUCAACGCUUUUGGAUCUGCUAUUGAGCUCACUCGCCAGGUCUUUCUGUCACCUACAGGACAGCCUAUUAUUGUUUCUGGAUCUGGCACUUUGACAUGGGACAUGACGGCUUCGAAUCUCAUUGAGCCUGGUGAAAAGGCUUUAGUGAUCAACACUGGCAUUUUCGGCAACUGGUUUGCAGAGUGUCUACAAGUGUAUGGAGCCAAAGUCACCCAACUGACUGCUCCGUUUGGCGACCAACCUUCAAUUGAUGCGAUCAAACAGGCACUCAAAAACGACCAGUUUAAGCUUAUUACCAUCACCCAUGUCGAUACAUCUACUGGUGUGCUGGUCAAUGUUCAAAAGGUCGCCCAGGCUGUCAAGGAGGUGUCUCCCAAUACACUCAUUGCUGUUGAUGGGGUUUGUUCCGUCGCUGCCGAGGAGAUCCGCAUGGAUGAAUGGGGACUCGAUGUGGUCAUGACUGCAAGCCAAAAGGCUAUUGGUGUGCCUCCAGGACUUGCUCUCAUGGUUGUCAGUCAACGAGCUCUGACUGCAUUCAAAUCUCGCAAGGCCGCACCUACAACCUACUUUGGUUCGUUUGCCAAAUGGAUUCCUAUUAUGCAAAAAUAUGAGGCCCGCCAACCUUCUUAUUUUGCUACUCCUCCUGUGCAACUCAUUCUUGCUCUCGAGACUAGCUUGAAGCAGCUUGUAGAUAGAGGCAUGGAUCUAAGGUUUAAAAAGCAUAUUGAUGCCUCUGACAAGGUCAAGGCUGCUAUUGAGCGCAUGGGAUUGAAGCUUGUUCCUGUCAAGCGUGAAUAUGCCGCCAAUACGCUUUCGGCAGUAUAUUACCCUGAGAAUGUUGCUCCGGCUGAUUUCCUCAAAUGCUUCACUGCUGCUGGUGUGGUUGUUGCUGGUGGUCUCCAUCCUGACUACAAUACCAAGUAUUUCCGUAUCGGCCACAUGAACGUGUCUGCUACCGAGCCUGAAAAUGGACACCUAGACAAGGUUAUUGCUGCUAUGGAGUCUGCAGUCAAGAGUACCAAGGUCGCCUAAUGCAUUAUUAGCAACUUUGGGUUGCUGCUCUUGACUCCAACAUUGAUCUUUACCAAUCAUAGCAUUAAUAAAAAGCAAUAUGCAUUUUUGAUUGUUUC